AAUUCACUAAACCUGUACAAAUUCCAAAGAGCUAAGAAAUAAAAACCAACAUGUCUGCAUUAAUAAAGGCAGCAUUGAAAAAAUCAAACGUUAAAGUGUUGAACAAUCAAUUUAGGGUCUUCGGAUCGACGAAAGUGAAAUGCCUGAACCUUCAGGAGUAUCAGAGCAAGUCCCUGAUGGCAGAAAAUGGUAUCAAUGUGCAAAAAUUCAAGGUUGCCUCAACUAAAAAAGAAGCGGCUGAAAUUCCCCCGUCACUGAACGUUGACGAGUACGUUGUCAAAGCUCAGAUUCUUGCAGGUGGACGAGGAAAAGGCACCUUUUCUAACGGAUUUAAAGGUGGUGUUCACCUCACUAAAGAUAAAAGUGAACUCUGUGAGUUGGUUGAAAAAAUGUUAGGACAAUCUCUUAUUACAAAACAAACACCUACAGAAGGAGUAAAAGUUUCUAAAGUGAUGGUAGCUGAAGCCUUGGAUAUUGCCAGAGAAACAUAUUUUGCAAUCUUGAUGGAUAGAAAACACAAUGGUCCUGUGAUGGUUGGAAGUCCCCAAGGUGGAAUGGAUAUAGAGGAUGUUGCAGAAAAAAAUCCAGAAGCAAUCUUCACUGAACCCAUUGAUAUUUUCACUGGUGUUACAACUGAACAAGCUCAAACCAUGGCACAUAAUUUAGGUUUUCAAGGAGAAAAGCGUAAUGAAGCAGCAGACCAAAUACAGAAACUUUACAAAUUGUUUGAAAAAGUAGAUGCAACCCAGGUUGAAAUAAAUCCUUUUGGUGAAACAGACACAGGAAGAGUAAUUUGUUUUGAUGCCAAAAUUAACUUUGAUGAUAACGCUGCAUUUCGUCAAACUGAGGUGUUUGCAAUGGAUGACAUGGCAGAAAGUGAUCCUAGAGAAGUUGAGGCAGCUAAGAGUAAUUUGAAUUAUAUUGGAAUGGAUGGAAAUAUUGCAUGUUUAGUGAAUGGUGCUGGUCUAGCCAUGGCUACAAUGGACAUUAUUAAAUUACAUGGAGGAUCCCCUGCAAAUUUUCUUGAUGUUGGUGGAAAUGUAACAGAGCAGCAAGUCUAUAAUGCCUUCAAACUUUUAACAGCAGAUAAACAAGUGAAAGCUAUUUUGGUGAACAUUUUUGGAGGUAUUGUUAACUGUGCAACAAUUGCUAAUGGUAUCACAAAUGCUUGCAAAUCAAUCAAUCUGAAACUGCCUCUUAUUGUUAGACUGGAGGGUACAAACGUUGAUGAAGCUAAACGGAUUUUGCAAGAAAGCAAACUUCCAAUUGUUUCAGCAGCAAAUUUAGAUGAUGGAGCCAAAAAAGCUGUGCUUUGUUUGAAAUGAGAGAAGAAUAACAAAAUAAAGAAUAUUUAUGAUAAAUGAACAAAAUUAAUCCAAUAAUGUGAUAAUUGCAUCCAGGGCAAAAAAUGAACACAGCCUUGGAUAAAUCUAUUUUAAUUCCUGUACUUAUACCUUGACCAAAAUAGUCAAAAUUCUUGUACCGUGGAAUGCAGCGAUUUGAUUGGAUUGUAUGCCAACGAAUACAGCAAAUCAGAGCCCUCGACAGAAAGGCUGUAAACAUUAUGGCUUUAUGUUUGCGGACAAUCUGUCAAGGCUUCUGAUUAGCUGGGGUACAAUUCCAUCAAAUCGCUUCAUUGACACACUUCAAUGAUACAUGAAGGUCAUUGAAACUAAUAAGUAGAUAAUGUUAUGACUUAAAAAAGAAGAGGCAUUUACUAGACAAGAAAAUUGAUAGUUUGGACGCCAUUUUGAUUUUUCUCAAAUUCUUCCAAAUUUUAUUCAGCGAUAACGGCUUGUCAGAUUUUGAUGAUUUUGGUGUCAAAUGAAAGAACACGAACAUAUUUAAGAAAACUGUAGGAAGCCGAUUUUUGAAUUUCUUUUUUUCUUUUUUGCAAUUUCCGGUUCAGUUUUUUUGAAAUUUGAAGGCUCAUAUCUCGUGUCCUUUGAUGAGCUUCAUAUUUACCACGAUGAUAAUAGCUGACCUUGACCUUCUUAUGACCUCUAGAUGUUUGAGGUCAAACCACAAUUUCGGGUUUUAUAGGGGUCUAAAUAUGCAGUGCUGUAUUUCAAACCCUUAUUGAUUUAGCACCCUACCACCUUCAGAUUAUUUCUGUGCUUAUUUAAUGGUUUCAAAUAAUAUCGUAUUUGAUAAUGUCAUAGGCAUAUUAAAGAAUCUUAAAACUUUGAACGCUUUUAUCUCAAGAGUUACUGCUUGGAUGAUGCUGAUAUUUACAGUAAUAAUAAUAGAUAUUGACUACAGCU